UAUGAACGGGCGGUGAUUACAAACAGUGCAAUUUACAACACAGUUGUAUGACAGCAGUCAAAACAUGAGGUGUGCAUGAAACAGAGGCGGUGCAUUUGGAUUAACAUCAUUAAUAGCGACUGAAAAAUGUCAUCUAAAUCACAGAAAGAUGGUAAGAAAAGUGUUAAAAAUCAACCAGUUACUUCAAGAUGCGUUGCAGUUGUUUUCAAGAAAACUGACAAGGUAGAUAACCCAGGUGAUUGUGAAACUUUUGAAAAUGAGCACACUGAACUUCAGAAUCAGGUUAAUGAAAAUGAAAAUAAUCCUUUUGCAUUAAAUUCAAAAUUUGAUGUAGAAGGCAAAGAUUACUUUGAUCCAAAGAAAGUCUUCGAAGAGUUUAGACUUCGAAAUAAAACUUGUUACUGGAAUCCAGCACUUGUUGACAGUGUGAAUAGUUUGGAGUAUGUUGGAUUUAUUGAACCCUUUACUAUUCUUGUCAAAGGAGAUGAUAUUCAUCUAGAAAAUAUCCGUACGGCAUGGGGUAGGCGUGUCCUCAAAGAUCCUGCACACUACCAUAUAGAGAGGAUAGGUGAUGUGAAUGGUAUAGAGAUGCAAGUUAUUCCCCAGACACAGUUUAUCCCUCUACCUGAGGCCCUUUGCCUCAUCAUCAUGGACCUUAAUAACAGUCAGAUUGUUGCUACACUAGAUACAGUCUGUGAGAGGCUCAAGUUUGGUUACCAAGGACUCCAUCUUCCUAGCAACCAGCAUGUCUAUGAUACCCUUGGUCAGCUAAUAAGGGAGAGGAAGGUCUUUCAUACAGGCUGUGGUUAUUUUGUGGUGACCCCAGAUACAUUUCGUAUGCAUGGGGAUGACAUGCAGUCCCCUACCCUGCUUUCACCUUGGACUCAUCUACACCCAAUGUAUAUACCUGCUGCUUUUAAUCAGCCACCUCGACAGCCAAUGAGAUCGAUAUCUUGUCAGGUGGAUACAGAACACAGUGUGACUGGUCACCAAGGCUCGUGUGACAAACCAGAUAAAGAUCUCAACUGUAAUGAAAAACUUCAGAUUGAUUUACCAUCCCCACGUGUACAGAGAAGUAUGAGUGUAAGUGUAAAACGGCCACGAGAUAGGGGACGAAGAGAUGAGGCCUCGGAGGUGGGCUCAGUACGUAGAAGUUCCUCUGUGAAAGGAAGGAAUGAAAAGUCCAAAUCUUUGUCAAAGGAGGAAACAAAGAGUGAAGGCAAACAAGAGAAAACUAAAGAGAAAGUAUCAUUCUUUUCCAAGAUAUUUGGGCGUAACAAGAAGAAGCAGCAGCCUCCACCAGAGCCCAAGAAACCAACUGUCGAGUAUGCUACAUUCUCCGCACAGUUCCCUCCUCCUGAAUGGAUGUGGUAUCAACAGCAGUUAGAUCGUCAGCUCCGUACAGAGACUUGGGUCCAGCAGCAGAUGCAUAAGUCUGGUACCUGGCACCACUACCUACACAGUAUGCCUGGAAACAGUCCAACAACCAGUCUACACAUGGGAGCGAACUCUGUCCCAGAGAAGACUAGUGCAAUGCAUAAUACACAUUUUAAUCAAAAUUACCAUCAAGUCUUCAGGAACAGUGUGCCUAGAAAAUCAAAUAAAAAGUCCCAUAAGCAUAAAGACAGACUGCCGAUAGUGAUAGCAAAUAAUCCCGGUGAGAGUACACAUCUUGAUUUAGAUCAGAAACAUACGUACAAAAACAGUAUGGGACAGACUAAUAUACGUCUGAGUUCCCUGCCAACCAGACUUUCUCCAUCUGGUGAAACCCUUCAUUCGGAUUAUGUCUCGCAUCCUAUGUUCAGUUCUACGCCAAGAUUUAGUUCAAUACCAGAACACACUAAAGUCACUAGAGAAACUGCAACACAUAUGGAUUCUGAGCAUAAAGAUGUGCAGCCAAAAAGUGAAAAAGAAAGGUCAAGGUCAUUGAGAAAAUCUCACAAAACGAAGAAGAAGUCGCAUCAUGAUCGGCAUUCUAGCUAUUUACCAACAACAAGGCAUGUAAGUGGAAUGAGUGCUCGUACUGCAGCAGAAAUGGAUAAUGACAUUAGUUAUGAAUUUCAAGGUCACUUGCCUAACAAACAUUCGGCCAUUGGGAAAUCACACAGUAGCGGAGUGAACUGUAUUGGUCUUGAACCUGAGCCUAGUCGUAAUAAAAGUCAGAAAUAUCAAAGGUCAAACUCAUAUAGACACACUGUGACUGAAACACAAAUUGACCCCAGUCAAGUUCGGAGGUAUCAGAGAUCACAGUCUUACAGACAUCCAGUUAAAGAUCAUGAAACUGUAUCAAAGACUGAAGUUUCAAGUCAUAUUUAUGCAAAUGUUCAUAUAUCUGAAGAAACGAAACCAAAAGUUCCGGAAAGAAUAAAUAGGAAAAGUCAAUGCCAAAGCAGUCUAGGUCAUAGUAGAGCCGAAACAGCUAGAGACAAUAGUGAUUUUUUAUGCGAUCGGUCAACACAUUACAGACUAGACCUUCCUGAAAGUGAUCGCCAUUCUGACCACGGAAGUGAACUUGGCCACGAUGAGCAAACCAGCAGUAGCGGAGGUGGUACUUUAAACUCUAAUUCUAGUCAAGAGCCACCCUCGACUGACAGUGCUGUAGAAGGAACAGAAAGUAGUGAACACAGUCUGGGUACAGUUAUUGAUACCAGACGAAUCGCAAAUAAACAUUUAGAGCGACUUACUGCGGAUGUACAGGAGAUGUCGUUAGGAGACAGUGGAUUUAGUUCUCCGCGGAUCUCUGAAAAUUCAAGUGAGAGCAAAAAAGGGGAUAGCAAUUUUACAAAAAGUCAUAAUGGAUUCAUGUGCAAUAAUUUGAAAACAGGACAGAGGCUUAAUAACUCAAUGGGAAGGCUUGAUGAGUGUCCAGAAGAUUCAUUUGAUAGAAUAUCUUCUGACAGAUUGUAUGAAAAUGUUCGAUUAAGCCAAAAAGAGGUGUUAAAUAACAUGAAAUACCUUCACAAAGAGAUUAAUGUAUCAUCACAGAAUCUUAACAAUCAAGUUCAUGUUGCUGAAAGUAGCACUACUCAGGUCGAGUUCGACCCGAAACAGUCAGUUGCCAAAAAGUUCAACUUUGAAGGAGAUUUUCAUGUUGUUGGUGUCGUGUAGUGCAUAAGAAUAUGUAAAAUGCAGAAAACUAAUUUCAAAUGGCAUUCUAUUUCUAAUUAUUUUUCCAGAAAGACUUAGUUUCUACAUCAAAAUAAGUAAUUUAUCCGUAUUUCUCUUCUGAGAAAAACAAUUUUUUAUUUAGAUAUUAUUUUAGUUAUAGUGUGUUAUAUCCCUUAUUUGUUCAGCAUUCAAAUUUCGAAGUUUUCGUUUGAUGUCUGGAAUAAGGGAUAGUUAACAUAAUGGUACUUUCAAAUGAAUAACACACAUCAUAUGAGCAGUGUGCCAAAAUUAUAUUUCUCUCAGGUUUAUAGAAUGAUCAAAAUUGAAUGCUAUAUUUGAAUAGUGAUUUAUAGCAAAACAGGUGUUAUGUUGUUUUGAACUUUUCUAAAAAUUUGCUUCAGUCAUGUCUUAUUCAUCAAUGGUCAGUGUUGUCUGCUAAAAUCAACAUACUCGUCAUUUUCUAUCAUUCAUAAAAUAGGCAACCCAUUUUUUGACAUACUUCCCUCCAAAGUCUUUAUGGAGAUUGUUAACUUUGAAAAUGUAUUUGAAUUUAUACGCAAGACAAUAACAGAGCCAUUUAGAAACAAAACAUAAAAAGAACCCAUGGAAAAUAUUAAAAGUCAAACUUUUUAUCGAGAAAUUAUAAGAUUCCUAAAUUUACUUAAUGUUCAUUAUUUUCAUCAAGUUGAACUUUUUAUCAAAUCCAUUGGAGACGUUUACAAUGAUCUCAUUUUAUAUGCUUUUGUAAUGCCUUAUGUACAAACACAUUUUAUAUGCUGUUUUUAAGCAGGUUGUGUAGCAUAUGUUUUAGUGUGCCUUUUAUACGUGUACAGUAUUUAUAAUUGUUGUGAUUGUACAUAAGCUUUUUAAUUUAACAGUUUGACGUCGCGUCUUCCAAGCAAUGUUAUUGUGUCACUUUAUAGUUAAACCCUAUAGUGCUUUUACAUUGAUUUUAAGAAAUUUGAGUUUGGGAUUUGAUACUUGUAUACCGUUAUGUAUGUGUAGUUAAUAUUUCUAUGUAAAAAGAAUUGGCUGCUGAAAUUUUUCCAGUACAUUUUAUCAAAUUGUCCACUACAAGUACAAAUUGAAUUGUGCCUGGCUAAAUUAAAUGAAAACUUCAUUGUUCUAAUUAUGUCUCCCACCACACAGUGGUGUGGGAGACAUAUUGAUUUACUCCAGACUGUGUGUCUGUGUCUGUGUGUGUGUGUCUGUCACAAAGCUUGUCCGCACUGUAAGUCGAACAUUUCUCAUCCGAUUUUCACCAAACUUGAAUAAAAUGUGUUUGACCAUAAGACCUCGGCCAUGUUCGAUAACUAGCCAAAUUGGUCCAGGCAUCUUGGAGUUAUGGCCCUUGAAUUACCAAAAAUCGGUCUUUUUACUCUUGUCCACACUCUAAUUCGAAUAUUUCUCAUCCAGUCUUCACCAAACUUAAACAAAAUGUGUUUGAUCAUGAUACCUAGGCCAAGUUCGAUAACUAGCCAAAUCGGUCCAGGCAUUUUGGAGUUACGGCCCUUGAAUUAUCGAAAAAUUGGCCUUUUUACUCAUGUCCGCACUCUUAAUCAAACAUUUCUCAUCCGAUCUUCACCAAACUUGAACAAAAUGUGUUUGACCAUGAGACCUCGGCCAGGUUUGAUAACUAGCCAAAUCGGUCAUGGCAUUUUGGAGUUACGGCCCUUGAAUUAUCGAAAAAUCGGCCUUUUUACUCUUGUCCGCACUCUUAAGUCGAACAUUUCUCAUCCGAUCUUCACCAAACUUGAACAAAAUGUGUUUGACCAUGAGACCUCGGCCAAGAUCGAUAACUAGCCAAAUCGGUCCAGGCAUUUUAGAGUUACGGCCCUUGAAUUACCGAAAAAAUCCGUCUGUUUACUCUUGUCCGCUCUCUUAAGUCGAACAUUUCUCAUCCGAUCUUCACCAAACUUGAACAAAAUGUGUUUGGCCAUAAGACCUUACCCAAGUUUGAUAACUAGCCAAAUCCGCCUAGGCACUUUUGAUUUAUGGCCCUUGAAUUACUGAUUGGAUCCACUCAUCCAGACCAUCUAAUUGGAUCCGCUCGUCUAAAACAUCUAGAGAAACUAACAUUUUUCAUAGGGGCAGUUGUGGGAGACAUGCGCUUUUCUCAAAAGCAUCUCUAGUUUUAGACACGUGCUGUGCAUAAAAACAAAAAAUGAAAUCCUACACUUACCUAGUCGUUCUUGUACAAGUAUAAAAUCACAGAUUCUCUAUUAUUGAAGAUAAAAUUUUUAGGCUGAUGACCAAAAAAUUUUUUUACUCAUUAGAUUUUAUCUUUGGAUUUUAAAAAUGUCCAAGGUUUGAAAUUGAACAGAUUUUAUUUAGUAGUUUAUUUGCUGAACUGCUGUAAAUGUUUGAAAUUUUAAAGCAAUAUUAUGCAGCACUGCCAGGCAAUAAACAGAAUGUUAAUGCUAA